UGCACUGCCAGUCUAAGGUGAGAAACAAGUGCAGGUCCAAUCGUAUCACAGCUCCAGACCCUCCUAUUGGCUCCCUGGACGCCUACCUGCGGAUGGGAGUGCCCGUCAUCAUCAGGAUGAGCUUCCUGCGCACCUAGGUACAGUCCCGUGAAGAAUCCAACAACUGGAAAUUGAUACAACGUUUCAAGCAGGACUCCAAGCAUGGAGCCGAUAGCGUCGUGGAGUAAGGACAGAGUCAGCGACUGGCUCGGAGGCCUGGACGCCUCACUGCAGCAGUACCAUGUGUCAGACUGGCAUCUGUGUGGGCUGGACCUGCUGCAGCUCUCCUCCCAGGACCUGGAGAACCUGGGCGUCACCAAGAUAGGACAUCAGGAGCUCAUACUGGAGGCUGUGGAGAAGCUCUGCUCACUGACCUAUGGUAUGGCAGGGGAGAGUCUGCAGAGUCUGACGGAGAAGCUGCGCACCGUGGCGCACACCCUCCAGAUGGGCAUCCAGCAGCGCUGGCGGCUCACAACCAGGGAUGGCGGCAACCAGCUGCCUGCCAACGUGCUACAUGCUGUCCUUGAUCUCAUCAGUUCCGCCAAAGGCCUCUUCUCUCUGCUCAACCGGUACCAGCUAUCCCAAAGUGGAAACACUCAGCCAGCCAGUCAGAGUAUCAUCAGCCACUGCAAGGAGCUGGGGGCCACAGUGCAAAAGGACACUACUGUCUAUGAGAAAGAAAAGGACAUCAUUGCAAUUUGUCGUCAGCUGGUGGCUGUGUGUGACGACAUCCUAUGCUCCUGCCCUGACGCGCUCCUCAGCCACACCGCUCAGCUGGAGAGUGUGGAUCUGGUCCCAGUCUCCCCCGGCGACAACCUGGGCAUAGAGAUCACCUCCACUCCGUCCAGUCAUCAUUACGUCACCGGGACUGUUGCUGAGUCGCCUGCAGACUGCUGUGAGAAGAUCCUGGCAGGUGAUGAGGUCAUUAAAGUCAACAACCAGAUAGUGGUGGGUUGGAGCAGGGCCAACCUGGUGAAGAAACUACAGGAGAAUCCUAAAGGAGUGACGCUGGUUCUCAAGAAGGUUCCUGGUUCCGCUCAACGCAAAAAUAGCAAAACCUUACAGACCUCCACUCAGAGGGAGAAAGAGGACGAGGAAGACAACCCAAGACAUUCCAUAUUUGAUCGAGUCACAGCCUCUGUCAGGUCCCUGUCAUUCAGGUCAGCCAUCCAGGGACCACCACAUAGCCAGCCUGUUGGACAGGAGGAGUCUGAGCUACCAGGUGAUACGAGAUUGGACAACAUUGUGACUUCUCAACUGGCUGCUACAGGGGGCCCUGAAGAGCUGGAUGGGGAGUGGCUCUUGCCCGGGUCAAGAACCAGCUCUGUGUCACAAAGAAGUCCUUCCCCACGAGCCCUGGAGCUGGGACGAGCCAGCAUUAGUUCUUGUCCUGAGAUGGGCAUGCCCAAGGAGGACAAGGAGACUAAGAAGUCCUCUGUAAAAGGUAUGACCACGGCCCUGAGCCGGAGGCGUGUGUCGUGUCGGGAGCUGGGCAGCGCUGACUGCGACGGCUGGCUCUGGAAGAAGAGGAAGGAGAACAGUGUCUUCCUGACGCAGAAGUGGCAGCGCUUCUGGUUUGUCCUCAAAGGACCCUCCCUCUACUGGUACAACACCCCCCAGGAGGAGAAGGCUCAGGGUUUGGUCCAGAUCGCCAGCUACAAUAUAGAGAGUGCUGGAGAACACAAACGGAAGAAUGUUUUUCAGAUGUGCCACCAGCGCUUCCAGAACUUCAUCUUUGCAGCCGAGAAUGUUACUGACAUGAGCAAAUGGAUCAACUUUCUGAUUGCUGCCAUUCAGAAGCACAAGAAGUUCCACAAAAUUCCUCCUGACAGCGAGGAAGAAUGUUACAGCGAGACGGAGUCAGAGGAGGAAGACACUCCAUCACCACGCAGAAGACGGAAGAUCACCACGAAACCCCAGCCCAGCACACUUCCUCGGACAAAGGCCAAGAAAAACAAGACGACAGCACUCCCCACCCCUGCCAAAGCCACAGCAGGGGCGCCUGAAGACGAGAUGGGGGUUCUGUUCCACAGGCUGAAGGAGGGUGGGGUGUCUUUGAUUGGUCAGGACCAGCCUCAGACACAUGACCACUUCCGCAAGUCCUUCAUCCGCAGGAACAAGAACCCGGUCAUCAACGAGAAGGCCCACACGCUGCGUGCCCUACAGAGCACGCUCAAGGCUAAAGAGGCAGAGCUGCAGAUCAUCAACAAGGUUCUAGAAGACUCCGAGCUGACAGCUGCAAAGUUUCGCCAGUGGAAGCAGAUCAAUGAGCAUCUGUCCCUAGAGAUUGAAAAGCUGGCACUUCAACCCAGAAAGGCCUCCACAGCCAAGGACAUGCCCCUGGCGACGGUCUCCACAGGUAAUGACGCACCCAUAGCAACAGUCUCCACAGGCACUGACACACUUCCGGAUAUGAGCUUUAGUGAUGGGGAGCAGCUGGUGGAUGCAGAACCCUCAGUUCCCCUGGAGAACGUGGUCAGCCAGGCCCUAGAACCCCAGGAGGGGACGGAGCUGUCUGGGUCUGGUUUCACAGACGCACAGAGCAGCCGUGACUCAGGCUUCACCCCUGACACAGCUCGCCCCUCCAGUGAGAACUACUUCUACAUAUGAGACGCCGGGGCUCAGAGAGGGAGGGAAUCACAGCAGCCAGUAGGGAUCUUCUGCCUCCCUCUCCAGAUGGAGCCUUGUUGCUGAGAUCAAAUCAGGACCUCAGGGUGUAGGUGGGGUCAACCAAGGCAGAUGACCCUCUUCAAACUUCGAGAAGCCUCUGCUUUGAGAAGGAGGUGGCCUUGCAGUAGGCUUCCUGGCCUCUGUACUUCUCAUGAGACGCCAUCUGGCAGCCCUGCUGCCGAGGAGGUCUAUAGCGUGCUGGUACGGACUGAUACGCCCUCAACACAUAUACUGCCAAGCAGAAUGCUAAUUCAAUUGAACAUAGCUUUAACGUAAUCACUGUAAUAACUGAGUAACUGUGAGUGUUUAAUGUAGUUGCUGAUGCUGUAUCCGGAGUAUUCCCACUGAAACACCCUAGCAUGCGGAUACUGGCUUAGUGUCUCAGUCUCUAGGGGAACAGACUCAAUGCCUCUGUCUCCAGGGGUACUGACUCAGUGUCUCUGUCUCCAGGGGAACAGACUCAGUGUCUCUGUCUCCAGGGGAACAGACUCAGUGUCUCUGUCUGUCUCCAGGGUGUGUAUGAUGAUGUUAUCAGCUGACUUCUAGUAGCAGUAUUUUGAAAAAAAGGAAAAAAAAACAUGAUUCAAUCAAAUUUCACAGUUUGUUGAUAGAUACUGUAUACCUAUGUUUAUGGGAUUUUAAGGUUGUUUUAAAUUUCUAAAUAAAAGAUAAAAACAUUUGCUGACGAAUAUCUGCUAACAAUACCUUCCUUUUAGCCUAUUAUGUUGAUGCCAUGUAACAAAGAUACACUGUUAUAAUCUACUAGCCUGUUGUCAUAGAAGCUUUUAAACAGUAGUUUCCUCAGGUAGAGUGGCUGAAUCUUGUUAAUGGGGUGAUGCUGACAGUAGAUUGGUGAUACUUUACCCAGUGUUGAUGAUAAAGUAUUCAUGAGGCAUUUAUUCAACAUUAAUAUGCAUUAUUAUUUCUGAGUUCAAAUGAAUUUCUUUGAGUACAUAUCGUUUGUGACAUGCUUAUAAAUUACAUGCUUAUAAAGGUUGUGUAAAUGAUU